AUGUUUCACCACAAUAUCCUCAUUUUGUGUGUGACGCCCACUUCCGGACUGUCCCCAACUCAGAUGCAGGGGGUGCGGCCAAUCCUCACCAACUUGAUGCCAAUCAUUGGUUCAAUUUGGUUGAAUCCGGAUGAAUGGCUAACUCCAACUGAACGUGCCGUUCGACUCCAACGUCGGACCCUCAUCAACAAUCGUUGUCGUGCCCGCCUCCACCAACAAGCCAUCCAGCAUCGCCACCAAGCUCCGCUUCCAGGGGGUAAUAACGGUGGUCAUGCGCCUCCAGUGCCAGUGCAACCUCCAAUUCCUCUGCUACCUGUCAACCAACCGCCAAUACCUCAUGUGCAACCGGUUCACAACCAGCCUCAGGAAGCUCCGAAUGUUCAAGAUAAUCGAAAUGAAGUCGCCAAUGACCCCUCAGAAGCAAUCGAAGCUGGUGACCAUGAUAACGUCGAUGAUGACUUGUCAGUUCCAGAGGGAGUAGCUGAAGACGAGAAUAUUCAACAGGAAGAACAACCAAAUGUUCCUACAGAAGUUCCUAUUCUUAAACAAGCUACAGAAGAUGUCAAACAAGAAGAAGAUGAAACUCUUAAUCAAACUCUACAAAACCUACAAGAACAAGCGAUCAGAAUUGGGCAAUAUUUGAAAUCAUCAGUAAAUGAAGGCCUAAUCUUGCGACCGACCGAUUCAUUUGACAUUGAAUGUCAUGUCGAUGCGGAUUUUGCCGGUCUUUAUUCAGUUGAAGACGUUAUGGAUCCUACAUGCGUCAAGUCAAGAACUGGAUACGUCAUCUCAGUCUGUGGAUGCCCUGUGGUUUGGGUGUCAAGACUACAAACAGACAUUGCCACUGCCACUAUGGAAGCGGAAUACAAUGCGCUGUCUAUGGCAAUGCGUGAUAUCUUACCUCUACAAAGAGUUUUCAAGACGAUACAGUAG